CCGCGGUUUCGUACGGUUGUUCGACCGAAGGAGGUGUGUGCUCGAUUCGCGUAACCGCCGCCGCUACUAUAAAUCCUCGGUUGUGUUUCCGUUGCGAGGAACGCGGCCGUUGUUCACGCCACGAAUAUACAACAAAGCCGACACAGUUGCGCGUUAACACAUCUCGGAUCAGUGUUACAGUUCAGUUUGUGGUUUGUCCGUUGAGAAGAGGUUCGCGAUGACAAUGGGCUAAACCGGUGAUUCAGUUGGCUCGUGGAAAACGGUUGUACGGCGGAUUUAGGUCAAUGGAGUAACGCGUCGAUGUGACAUAUUCACCAGCGAUUUGAAAUUUCGUGAGGUGCGGAAUAUUACCGGGGAUAAUUGAUCGAGUACAUAACGGUGUUGCUAGAACAAGUGAUUUCGUUCGCGCGGGUUUUAUAAGAUGAGCCCGGCCUCCCAGGGCGGCGUGGAGGUGGAGCGUUACAUCGGUAGCUGUUUGAUAUCGUCGACCGUCAGACCGGGUUCGCACAAGCCAAUCGUCGGUAGGAAACCAGACCCGGUGAUUCGCGGGAAAACGCGAGGCUGUUACGGAACUCAGAAUUUCCCGAAUGGGACGGAACAGUGUCAGGUGCAGUACGGACCUGGCGGUUGGACAGGCGCUCCUUUGAUAUCCAUGACGUCCAGUCCACGCAGAUGCAAUCAGAGAUCCUCUCCGUCGCUCGGUCAGCAACAACAGCAGCAACAGUCACCACCGUCGCUCUCGCAGCAGCAGCAACAGCAGGCUUGCGAUCAGCAAGUAUCGGUUCACCUACACAAGAAUCCGCUCUCCAGAUUAGCCAUUCAUACGCAGGGAGCGCCGUUGAUCCUCGCCAAUCGGUUUCACAAUCGUGGCAAGAUACACAACACCGGGAACGUUAACGGCAUCGCUAAUGCCGUUUGCAAUAACACGGGCGCGAUAAAUAGUUACGUUCACAAUAAUGCAAACGCAGUGACAUCGAACUGUACGAUGAACAAUAACACGGUGAGGUGUCCGCCGUCGCGGCCUCAGAGGCCGAUAGAAAUGGCGAAGAAGCAACAGCAGCAGCAACAGCAGCAGCCCUCGAAACCGACGGACUGCACUGCCAACAAGGAGACCACGGGCACAGGGAACAACAGCAUCGCGAACAUAGACUCGCUGAGCAUCGCGAGCGACGAGAGCUCGGGAUCGAACAAUUCCGAGAACAGUCUACCGCGUAUCAUCAAGCCCAGGAAACGCAGGAAGAAGGACCGGAAGCCACCGAACAACGCGGUCACGUCUGCGACAGAGGCGACGAAACUCGAGGAACAGCAGCAGCAGUCGAAUCUGUCAUCGAACGCGAUCAUCGAACAGUCGAAUUCUCUAAAACCGUACGUGGUCCCAGGGUGUUACGAACAACGCUGCUACGAAGCUGCGCCGCCUCAGCUGAGAAACCAUAGAAGGCCGCCGAUGGCGAGGGAAAGCGCGUUGUACGGUUGUAGAGCGCAGACAACGGGCAUGUCGGUGCAAGAGAUAGCCGACGCGAGGCAAAGGUAUCGGCACGUGGAAGUGAAAGUGUUGGACGACAACAGGAACGUAGUGCCGGCGCAAAUGCGCACCAUUCCGCCAAAGGGUUACAGGCAUAACGGCCACCACCACCAUCAUCACCAUCAUCACGGUAGCAACAACGUGCCGCGAUACCUGCACGAGUAUAACGAGCCCGCGACGUCGGCGACGACGACGACCACGACGUCGUCAACGACGACAGCCGGCUGCGAGGACGGCGUGAACGACGAGUUGGGACCGUGUCAGUGCCGGUACUGCGACCCUUCUGCUCUCAUAUGGGACGUGGAUCAGAACUGUUACUCGCCCUUCUUGACCCCGUCACCGUCGAACGAGUUCUGUCCCAGCCACUUCGCUCAGAUGCCACCGCUAUUCUUGUCCCGGCCGAGUCUCGAUUGUCAGGAGCAAAGUAUCGAGAGGCUUUUCAACGGCGAUAAUCCGCGAAGCCAUCGGGAGAAGGAUGGCACCGGUGUCGUACUGAGGCGCAGCUGGAGCGAUCCGACUAGUUACUUCAGCGAGGAAAUCAGCGCGCCUAGCAAAGACGUCGGCGUGAUCGGUGACAGAGGACAGGCCGAAAGCGGGAAACGUCGGACGCUGUGGCGCGGUGACUCUAUCGGUAUUCCCGUGAAUAACGUCGGAUCGUCGGCCGUGGACGCAAACGGUACCGUACAGUCGCCGAAGGGGUUAGAGGUUUCGACGGAGAUCAUCACGUCACCGAACGGGCACAGGGAUUUGGAGAUCAAGUUCUAUUCGCCUUUGCCGAACGCACCAUUGCCCGAGGAGGAGAAGGUGGCUGGUGUCUUCGCGGAGGAGGUGGACGAGGACGAAGAAGAUUUUAGCGAUAUCUGGAGCUACCACGAGUCAAAGUUGCAGCAGGAUUUCCGCACGUUGCUGCAGGCGGAAGAGUGAAGAACACGGGGCGAAAUUCUCUUUCGAUGUCUGCUGGUCCGACUCGUUAGGAUGGAAAGAGAGAAGAAAAGAACGCGGUAUAUACGCAUUCGUCCGCGUGCGUGAACGUUUUCUUCGAGAACGGGGAAGAAAAGAGGACGCGAGAGCAGCAGCGGUAGUGUGAACGCGACGUGAGGGAAUGAGAGAGAGGGAGAGUGAGAAUAACGGUGCGUGUGAGCGAAAGAGAUAUAAAAUACGCGGUCCCCGAAAAUUCGAUUAGUUCGUCGAUAGAGGGAAGAAAGUCAAACGUCGCGAACUCGCGUAGACGCGUGCGCGAGCGCGCGAGACGGAGAAAAUCCGUCGCUUUUAUAACGCGUGUAACGACCCGAAAAUCUCUUGGUUCGUUCCGUUUCGAUGUUUCCGCGUUUCGACGAGGUGCGUGUAACGCGCGUGACUAGUUAUAUCCUAUCCCAUCCCCUGCUCCUCCUCGGACUUAUUCCGACGAUGACGCCCUCUCGUUGCUAACAGUCCUCGGUGAAACGAUUAACAAGUGUAACUGACGGUAACGAGCAAAACUACGUGUCGAACGAUUCUUCUUCCUAACGGUGUACGUUGUAUACACGUAGUAUACGUGACGUGCGUGCACUCGUGAAGCACGCACGAGAGUAGGUCUAAAGGAUCGUACCUCGUCGUCGGGAAUGCACGCGGUCUGCUUAUCGAUGACAACGUACUACUAAUAAACGGUGGUUGGCUCGCGUCGCGAAGCGAAUCGACUCCAACGAUAAGACCGGUGUCGUUGACUACCGCACAGCCUAGAGCUGUAUCGCACCGGAGAAAGAUCGCUCUACGGUUUAGUAUAUAUAUAUAUAUAUAUCGAGAUAUACAUGUAUAUACGCGACUGCGAAUCGCGUGGACGACGCGCGUGACAUUUGCGUGCGCGCGCCUCUAAUCGCCUCUCCCCUUCUCCAACAUCCUCCACCCCCCACCCUUUCGCCCGAUCUUCCCUUUUUCACUUCCCUUGCUCCUCCGCUGCUUUUCCCCACUCCUCGCUGUCGUCGUCGUUGUCCGUGGCGCGCUCUCAGCUAUCGUCGACUGUUCGCGACAAAGAUACCGCAACGCCUCUUUUCGCCGCCAAUCACAUCGCGAACCAUCGUAAACUGUCCUGACAAAUAGAGACGCGACUGUUUAAAUCGUAACGUAGUAAUUAAACGAUAGAAACGAUGAAUCGUACGCUGAUCGUCGGCAGAACUCUCGUAUUCCAUAUUCACGCGUUUCUUCCCUUUCUAAUAACCACGGUCACGCGAUGCCCGAGACACGCGAUACUUUCCGAGUAGAGCGAAGCUCGAGUCCAGUUUUUUCUUUUUCGUCCAACCUCGUCGUUCGCGUCUUCGAUCGUUUACUUUUUUUUUUCGCCCUUCGAACGUUUCGUUGACUAAGAAAUUUCUGGCCGAUUCUCCGCUCUGUCGUUCGACGAAUUGUUCAGCCGGUGUUACAGUAUUUCGGGUUGCGUUCGAAAUUUCCGUGUACCGUAGCGAACGCUGUUCGAAAAUAGGACUACGGUCACGCCGCGUAACGUAAACGUGCGGAUAAAGCUACGCGGAGCAUCGACCAAUGGCACCGUUCGAAUACUUCGAUCAUUCCUACGUUUCUUGUGGCGUACUUUAGCGAACAGUGGCUGGCAAAUAUCCCAUGGUUCCUUUGUUCGCGUAACUGGCUUUAUGAUAAACGCAAAUUCACGGGCAAGGGUGGUUAACAGGUUCGAGGUUGUUUCGAGCCCUUCGCGCGAUCCGUAUUUGCCUAGAGUUCUACGCUCGGAGGAAACGCGUGAACCAUUUCCCGUAGCCACAUUGUACGCAACUGGUUAAAUUUUAGAUCUGCCGAUUACCAAGCAAAUUCAUCCUACAAUUUCGCAUUUAUCUUUUGCGAUAGUUUUUGA